CGGGUGCACACUUGAUAUAUGUGAUGGUUUAUGGGAGUAGAAUACCAGAUUGGAUAAGGUAUCAGAGCUCAGGGUGUGAAGUAGAAGCAGAUCUACCUCCAAAUUGGUAUAAUUCCAACUUGCUGGGUCUUGCUUUGAGCUUUGUCACUUAUGUUUUCGCAUCUAAUGUGAUUAUUCCAGUAUCGUAUACCUUGCGCUAUUCAACAUCCAGUUACAUUGCUAACCGCAUUAGUAUCAGAUGUGAUAAGGAAGGUGUAGGGUUAGAUCACGUGUGGCUACUUUAUAUAAAACUCCCCCUCUUCAGCAAUUGGCAUAAUGGAACUCCCAUAAAUUGGCAUGAAGUGACUCACAUCAGUGUAUCAUUUGGGACUCAGGUCAUGGGGUGGUAUCCUCCGAUUAAGAGGUGUGGGUUUGAUCUAGUGUACAGUAAUGAUCAAGACGUGAAUCCCCCGGUGAUCCAAUUCAGCUCUAUCUCCUCUCCUCCUCUUCCGAACAAGUCAACAGUAGUCCUUAAAGAAAUCCAUAAGGAGGAGGAACCCAGUGGAAGUGGGUGGUCGAAUGUUGAUGGCUCAGAAUCAGACAGCUCUGAUUACCAUACUGCUGAUGAGGAAGAACCCACAACUGCAAAAGAAACUGACCGCUCAGAGGAUCACUCUGAAUCAGAGAUGCGGCCGCAGAAACGUUUGAAGUGCAGGCAUUAUGAGGGCAUCCCUUGAUGAUCGGAGAAACAGACCUAAAACUCUUCCCAUAACAUCAUCUCUUGGUAAUGUCGAAUGAUCUCCAUUCCUGUGAGCAUUGCAAUUAACUAGGGAGAUUAUUUUAGUGGAGGUGAUGCUACAGCACCAGUGAAGGAGCAGGAGCAGAAGCAGAAGCAGAGGAGAGAAGAUCUUGUAACGGAACCCAAUCUUCCAUAAACUAACUAUUUUGGGAUUGUUUUUCAUUUCUAGAAAUGGAAUGAC